GGACGUAGAACGUCAGUUCAUGUGGUCAGAGAAGAAAGUGCCUGUCGUAAUUCCUCAUGGGACCCACAUCCUUCAAACAAAAAUCAUCAUCACAACACGCCAAUCCAGCAUCCAUCUCCCUCUGUGAUUUUAGCUUCAUCAUCAGCUCUAAAACUCUUGCUUCCAAGUAUUAUAUGCAACUAUCCAAACAUGAAGCAACAAAUCAAACUGUAAAAUCAGUCACCCCUUGGUUUAACCCUUUUUGACACUCUCUCUCUCUCUCUCUCUCUCUCUCUCUCUCUCUCUCUCUGGUGUUCUUUCUAACAAUGGAUUCGAGAACUCUUCUUGCUCAUGCUCUCUUUCAACUCACACCCACUAGAACAAGAUGUGAUCUGGUGAUUUAUGCUGGUGGUGUGAAUGAAAAACUGGCAUCUGGGCUUUUAGAACCUUUCCUUCAACACUUAAAAACUGCUAAAGAUCAGAUAUCGAAAGGAGGCUACUCCAUUUCUCUUCGUCCUUUGUCUCCUAAUGACUUCUGGUUCACUAAAGCCACUCUGCAAAGAUUUGUGUGGUUUGUUAGCUCACCAGAAGUUCUUGAGAGAUUUGUGACAAUAGAGACUGAACUAGAGCAGAUUGAGUGUUCAGUUCAAUCAAAUGAACUAUUCAAUGCAGAUGCAGAAGGUGCUGCUGGGAAUUACCAAAAGUCAUCUGCCUCAUCUAAGUCAAGAGAAGAUCACAGUGGAGGCAGUAAUGGUGUCCAGGAAGAAAACUCCAAAGUUCGUCUUCAACGUGCUUUGGAAUCUAGAAAGGCUGUUCUCCGCAAAGAGCAAGCAAUGGCAUAUGCUCGUGCCUUGGUCACUGGAUUUGAACCAGACUGUAUAAAUGAUCUUAUCUUCUUUGCCGAUGCUUUUGGAGCUUCACGAUUAAGGGAAGCAUGCAUAAAUUUCAUGGAAUUAUGCAAGAAGAAGAAUCAAGAUCGGCUUUGGAUGGAUGAACUAGCAGCAAUGCAGGCAUCUCAGUUGGAAUUGCCUUAUCUUAAGACUUCUGGCAUUGUUCUUGCUGGUGAGGAAAAUUACCCUGGUCAAAUUGGUGGUCUCUCUGGUGGGAAGCACAAUGGUUCAAUUGAUGCAUCUGACUCGGCUACAAGUCUAGGAAGUUUAGACCUAAACCAAGAUAGUGGUUUGCCAACAUCAGCUCAGAUGCAAUCAACUGAUGGGAAAGCUCAUAUGCCAAUGCCAUGGCCAAAUCAUCAUCCCCAGUACAAGCACAACUUUCAAGGUCCUGUAUUUCAACAAAUGUCCCCAUAUCAAGGAUACCUUUUUCCUGGUAUGCAGGUUGGCUCUCCAUAUUUUCCAGGGAACAUGCAAUGGCCUCCAAAUGUUGAUGAUUCUAGCUAUGGUCAAGACUGGGAACCUGACAACCGUGAAAAGCAUAAAUCAUCCUCCAGGAACAAGAAGUCUUCUCGUCAAAAAGAACUGCAAGCUUCUAAUCAAGAUGAAUCCACUGAGCCUAGUGAUUCCAGCUCAGAGACUGAAUCGGAUGAAAAUCUGCGAAGUGGCAAAAAGCAGGCAUCGGUGGAUAAGAUGCACAGGAAAAGGCAUGGGAAGAAGUCGUCACGAAAGGUUGUCAUUCGCAACAUCAAUUACAUUACUUCAACAAAAGAUGGAGAAAAGGGCAGCAUGUCUGGCAGCACAUCUGAUGAGGGCGGAUUUAUUGAUGGAGAAGCUCUCAAGCAGCAAGUACAGGAAGCUGUUGGUUCAUUAGAGAGACGGCAUAAAUCAACCUCUCGACAUCACAAGAAAUCACAGCGCAGCACUAUAGAUGGUUCAAAUGGUGCUACUGAUCAGGAAGGCAAGAACAUAACUGAAAAUAAUCGUGAAGGAGAAAAAGUAGAGCACUGGGGUGCCUUUCAGAGCCUUCUCAUGCAGGACAGAUAUUUGGACUCUUUUGGAGUUGAACCUCAUCCUCCACAGGUUCACAGAGAUGACUUUACAGCUAAGGGCUAUGAGGAGGGAAGGUCAUUGGAAUUUAACGUCGAAUCUGAGGGAAUAAGAAAGCAACGAGCAUUAGCAAAUGAUUCGUUCAUCGCAGCAAAGAGGGGACCUGGUAAUGAAGGUGAGUCUCGCGUUGAAAACUUUGAAGCCAGUGCAAAUGGCCACCCAGUGAUGAAUAAGAGGGAUAGCACAUAUGAGGAGUUGUUGUUUUCUCAAAGAGCUGGAGAAUCAGGGAACUUACCCCGACCUACCGUUGCUGAUUAUUCCACUGAAUCUCCAUUAAUCAAAAGUCAAAAAGAAGGGGAUUGGUUUAUUAGCAGCCAACUGGACAGGGAUGAUCACAGGGACCAUAAACCAUUUAGUGAUGAUUAUGAUUCAUCAUUAACUGGUGAGCAUUUCCAAUCUGAGAAAAAUAAGAAGGAAGUUCUAGCGGAUGACUCGUUCAUGAUCCAAGCUCGACCGUUAGUUGAUGAUCAGUCAGAUUCACUAUUACGGACAGACAUAAGCAUUGCUCCAGAUGUAAUUGAAGCUACUCUAUAUGAGAAUGAAAUGAGAGAGAUAUCUCAUGAUAAAUCUGAAGCAUUUGAUGUCUAUGAACCAGAUGACCUUUACAUGGUGCUUGGGCGGGAUUCAGCUGCUGAGCAUGCUCUACCAUCUUGGACUCCAGAGAUGGAUUAUGAAACAAAUACUGCUCAAGAUAAGCUUCCUUCUAACAGUAUGGGAACCAAUGGCAAAACAAGUGUAGAUUCUGGCGGAAAAGUUGCUGGUAAAGAAGUCAGGUCAAAAGUUCCUAACGGAUCUCUUGGUAGAGGCAAAUCCGAUAUCAUGUCAAGGACAAAGAAACCAACUUCUGCAAGCAGAACCACACUUCCGAAGAGCAAAUCCGAGAAGGAAGAAGUAAACAGGAAGAGAAUGGAGGAGUUAUUGAUUCAACGUCAGAAGAGAAUAGCGGAAAGGAAUGCUGCUGGCAGUAUUCCGGCGACAUCUAAGAGAAUCCCUGCAGGGAAAGUAUCUACUUCAACUUCCAUAAAGAAUGAGAAGCCUAAAAGCAAAUCUCCAAGCCAAGAGACAAAGAAACCACUCUUUAGAAGUUCCACCAUUGAUCGCCUUGCUACUGCUCGGGCAACCACAAAGUCGCCAUCAACUGAAUUGAAAGCUGCCCAACCCAAAAAGGCAAACUUGAAGGCUAAUGGUUUAGCUCAGAAGGCUGCUGGUGCUGAUAAUAAGAAACCUCCGAACACAGUCAAAUCUGAUGUCAACAGAAAGAAGGUUGGGACAAUAGCCAGAGCAGAGAAGCCUGCAGAUUUAUUACCUAUGCAAGCAGCACAGUCUGCAGAUGAAAUUGAUGGUUUCAAAGAUAUAAAGGAGUUACACAGUGUUGCUUCUACAGAGAAUAAUGCAGGAAAUAUGAUUUCAGCUGGUAACUUGGAUGAUAAAGGCUGCAAUGGUGAUUCACUCCACAUGGACUCGUCUGCCCCACAUAAUCACUCUAGAGCAGGUGACGAGGGGUUCUCUAAAGUAGCUCCAGUAGUUUGUGAAGACAUAGAAACUUCUGAUAAUCAUGGUGAGUACAUAUCUGAAACAAUAAUAAAUCCUGUGCUAGAGUCACCAAACAGGGCUCUGAACCCAUGCGCUGUGGAUAUCAGAGAAAAUGGUGCUUUCAGUGAAAUUUUGGAGUCGCCUGAAAAAUCUGAAAUAGAAAUAUCGACCCCACCACCUGAUGAAAUAAACCCAGAACCAAUCCACUCCAGGAAGAAAUGGAACAGUGAAGAUAACUCUCCUAAAGUAGCAAAAGGGUUUAGAAAGCUUCUUUUGUUUGGAAGGAAAGGUCGAGCCUCUGCUGCAAACUGAUCCCACAGGACAGCUGGUGGAACUUGUGUAUAUGCUGCAUAUCUGUUCAGGGAAACAAGUACCUUAGCCCUUCCCAAACUACGAUUAUCCCCCCACAAAUAAAAACAACCCAAAAGAAAAGGAAAAAAAAAAGAAGUGAGAUCAGGACAUAGCUCUCAUACGUAAUAAGGCCUGUGGUGUUGCUGUCAUAUAGUAUAUUUUGUAAUUUAUCAGGUUUGAGAUUUUUUAGGUUGAGGGUGUAAAGAGUUAAUUCUUUUAUUUGGUGUGUAUUUUGGUUCUGUAUAUCAUACACGGAAUACUUUUUGAAUCACCUGUAAUAUUCAUUCAAAUUUCUGUCUGUUUGUAUA